CGCCGCCGCCGCCGUGGCCGCUCUGUCGCCCGCCGGCCCGAGCCAUGGCCGAGCUGCCUUCGGGAGACCCUCCCGAUCCCGAGGAGGGGGUCCCGGCGCCGCCCUCCUCCGCGCCCGGCUGCGCGCGGCUGCAGGCCGUGGAGCCGGUGCUGCUGCUGGCCACGCUGGCGCUGGGCCUGCAGAGCCCGCUGCUCACCCAGUACCUCUGGACCCGGCUGGCCAACGGCACCCGCAGCGGGGGCGGGGGCUGUGUCAACGGGAGCGGCUCCGGGGAUACCCCCGGGCAGCAGGAUGUGGAGUCCUUGGUUGCCCACUGGAACCUCUACAUCAACCUGGCUGGCUUCUUUGUGGGCCUCUUUUCAGUGACCCUGUUUGGUCCCUGGAGCGACAGCGUGGGCCGCCGGCCGGUCCUCAUCCUGCCAGCGCUGGGCAUGGCCCUGCAGGCAGCCGCCUACCUCCUGGUCAUGUACCUCAAGCUGCCAGUGGGCUACCUCCUGGUAGGCCGCAUCCUGAGCGGUUUGUCGGGCGAUUACAACCUGAUUCUGGCAGGGUGCUUUGCCUAUGUCGCCGACGUCAGUGACAAGCGGACACGCACCUUCCGGGUGGCCGUCUUGGAGGCAUGCCUCGGCCUGGCGGGGAUGGCGGCCAGCAUCAUCGGGGGCCAGUGGCGGAAGGCUGAAGGGUACCUUGCGCCAUUCUGGCUGGUCUUCGCCGCGAGUGUCUGCGCUGCUCUCUACGCAGCUCUCUGUCUCCGGGAGUCGGUGUUGCAGAGACGGCCGGGAAGACUGUUCACCCUCCGCCAUUACAUGUCUGUGUACCACCUUUACGUGGACCCCUGCCGGGGCAGGGCCUGGAAGAAGCUCGCCCUCUAUUCUCUUGCGUUCUUCCUGCUGAUCACCGUGCAUUUUGGAACUCGGGACAUCUUGGUUCUGUACGAGCUGAGCUCUCCGCUCUGCUGGGACUCAGAGCUGAUCGGCUACGGCUUGGCCGCCCAAUACCUGACUUAUCUCACCAGCUUGGCUGGGCUGUGGCUCCUCCAGAAGUGCGUGGCGGACACCUGGGUGGCAGAAAUGGGUCUGCUUUCCAACAUUUUGGGGCUGGGGGUGAUUGCCCUGGCUGCCACCACCCCACUGAUGUUCACAGGUUACGGCCUCCUCUUCCUUUCGAUGGCAGCAACGCCCGUGAUCCGCUCCAAGCUGUCUAAAUUGGUCAACGAGACAGAACAGGGGGCCCUCUUUGCUGCGGUGGCCUGCACUGAAGGGCUGUGCUCCCUUGUGGCCACGGGCGUCUUCAACUCUCUCUUCCCAGCAAGCCUGCACUUCAUGAAGGGCUUCCCGUUCCUCUUUGGGGUCGCCCUCCUCCUUCUUCCAGCUGCCGUUCUCGGGUGGAUUGAAAUCCAGGAUUCAAAACCCGAGUACAGCCACUUUGAGGACUUGCCCAGCCCAGUCCAGGAAGUGGUGGACUGACCGCCGUUGUUCCAGAAUUGGUCGCAGUUUGCAUGUGCCCUGGUGGCACUGAAAGCACCAAUGUGGUUUUGCCAGAGUUUUAAUGUUGAUGGAGCCAGAACUGGGGGGCGGGCGGGCAUUCUGUGGCCCUGUCUUGCUGGUCUUGUGAGCAAAGGGCGAGACGAACACAAGAGAACGGCUGAGACGUCACGCUUCCAGGCAAUCUGCAGUGCAGGAGCAGUUUCUUCUGUGGGGGACAGCCUCUCUCCAAAGGUGUUCUCUUGCCAAAGGCAUCAGCUGAACUGCAGGUGGAAAAGGCCAUGUGAAGCUGAGAGCUGAGAGGAAGGAGCUGGGCUGUUGUGCCUUGGUUUGCCAGCCAGUCAGGUCAUUUCCAGAAGGCACAAGGAAGCCUCCCCCACCCACCCGAUUGAAAGGGAAGCGAGAGCUAGCAACUAGUACAGGAAUGGGCAUCUCUGCUCUCAGAUGCAUUUUCAUGUGGACAGCCAAAACUCCUUCUCAGCCUGGAAUUUCAACAGGAGACUUUGGGGCAGGAAAACCAGUCAGAUACAACAGUGGGCUUUUCCUCCAGACAGUGCAUGGCACAGGUGAUUGGAUAGGUAGGGCUGCAGGUGGAGAAGCACCCCAUUGGGAUGCCAGUCGACUAUCCUGUGCCAGGGCAGGUGCCCGCUAGUUGCCCCUGCCUUGUGAUUCUCUCUUGGCUGCAGCCUGGACAUGUAGCUCUAAAGUGUGGUAUGGUGGUUUCCUGGUCUUGGGCUUCUCGUUUGGGUGUCUGCUG